AUGUCUCUGAGGUGCGUCGUGUUUUGUAUUUCCGCUUUCCUAAUACAAACAAUAUCAAGCCAGUGCGUUGGCUACGGAUCUAUUUCACCAUGCAACGGGAACUUCCCAUCUUCUGUCAAUCUACCUCAACCUGGCAUGACCAUCUGCUCGGACAACCUGAUCAUCGAAGGUCCUGUCUGUAUCCAGGGAAGAGUUCCAUUUUCAGCCACCGUUGCUGUGGAAGGCCAGUUUCCCACCUCUGGCUACGGAAAGGUCACCUACGAAUGCGGUAAUGACUUCGGCCUCACCAACCUUCCUCUUGGGUAUGGUGGACGCGGUGGUAAUUGCGGCUAUGGUAGACAAUUUUAUUAG